UUUUCACUUCCUGAUAAGAAAGAAGAUUACACAGAACGUAAACAUUCAACAGUUGAAUUGUUUCAUAUUUGCAUUUAAGAAAUUUUCAAUGAAAUUAAAGAAGCAAAGACAUGCACAAUCUAAAAACAUUUAAAGAAUUUCGUGUACAUAUCGAUAACUGUCAUUUUAUUUCGCACACCUGUUGAACAGCUGACGUGAAUCAUAUUUCACCUGUAUAAGUACAAGUGUUGAUGUGUUUACAAACAAUAAUUCCAACGUUCUGUUUGGUUGUACGUAGAGUUUUGAAAUAAGUUGUUAUGAAAAAGAGAGAAGAGAAGAAUUAUUAAAUAUGACGUGGGAACCAACACAUGUACAGUUAACAGUUUGUAGAGCCAGAAACCUACUAACGAAGACCAAAGGUGGAUCCAAACUUACAGAUGUGUUUGUGGCAGUGCAGCUGGGAAAGGAGAAGUUCCAAACAUCUACCAUUAAAAAUGCUCUCAACCCAGAAUGGUUUGAGCAGUGUGAUCUACAACUACCAACUAUGAACAUGGAAGUACAGCUACAUGUAAUGCAUCGUGGGAUGCUAUCAGAUGAUUUCAUUGGAUAUUGUUCUGUACCACUGUGGCAUUAUAAAGUGUAUGAAAGGCCUUCAAGUCAAUGGAUACAACUACAGGGUAAACCAAAUAAAACUCCUGAUAACAAAUAUAGAGGAGAAAUUGAGGUCAGAAUAGCAUUCUCCGUCAAAAGUAAACAAGAGGAAGCCGACUCAAACCUCAAUAAGAAAAAGUCUUCAUCAAUAAAAGGACUUGCUUCUGCUAUGGGACAUAAAGUUGGAGAUAAAUUUAAGUUUGUCAGAAGUAAGUCACUGAGAGAUCCACAUUUUUCCAGCCCACCUGCUAAAGACCCAUCAGCUCUCCAAACACAUAGUGCUAUACAGGCUGAAUCACAAUCCAAUCAAAAUUCACCAGAACAGGGUGCAGUAUUAUCUAAAGGAAACGCGACCAGUUUCUCAGCCCUUGAUAUAAAUCUACCAAUUUGGGAUGAACCAGAGGCGAAUGAACGAUUAAGAGCUUGUAGUAUGUCAUUACGUAGAUCUGGUGAAAUGGAAAAAGGUCCAGACAACAUAAGGGUAUAUAACCAGCCUGGAAACAGACAGUCACUGCCAGCUUCAUACCUUGGGACACAAACAUUGCCACAUCCAAAGGGUAAACGAUAUGGCCAGAAUAGAAGAUCAAUGGAUGACCUUGAUUCUGCUGUGUCCUCACAGCCAGGUUACUUAGAGUCUAUUUUUAAAAAAGAAAGUGAAGUUUUUAAGACAAUGACUACAGGCGACCAUCAAUCAGAUUCUUCUGAAUCAAUUGAGGAACCGAAAAGUAAUAAAGUCAAAUCUGCAAAAGAAUACAAGGAACCUAUUCAAGAGUCAUGUGGCUCAGAAUCAGAUGGAAGCAUUGAUAUUAAUUUCCCAGCUGUAAAACGAAAAUCUGAUUCUGUCGGAGAAUGCAAACUUCCUUCAGAUCCUAAAUUAGAACAAUUAGAAGAACAACGAUCUUCAUCUAGUCACUUAAAUAAUCUGUCGCCUGAAUCUGGUUUUGCCACUUUUAAUUCUAGUCACACCAGUAUAAGUAACGAAUUUAAGGAGACAUCUUUCCCUGACAAGAAUGGAGAUCCAGUAUACCAUAAUGAAGUGCCAAGUAGUAGUGAAAAAUUAUCUCACACAGACGUUAAUGGUGAGGACAGAAAGGAAUCAGUCAGUCGGUCUAAGAAGAAAAUUGCCCCAGAAGAAAAAUUUUCAUUUGGUCAGUCACCUGAUAAACCUGAGCCAACAACCAAUGGUAAUGUGAGACGAAGAAGUAAGAAAGAAAGAUCAAGAGGCAUGGGUAGCAGACGAUAUACAGUACAGGGUUUGGAUUAUCCACGUCGUCAGAACUCACUAGAAGAUACAUUAGAUUCACUGAGACCACAGUUCAUGAGAGAGGCCAGAGAGGUGUCAUCAAUACCUAAUGACCUUAUAUCUGUAUAUAGACAUAUGACUAAAGAUGAGUUGAUUAGAAUAGUUAUUCAACACAAAGCCCAGUUGAUUAGAAAGGACCAGUAUGUUAAAGACUUAGAAAGUUAUAUAGAUAGUUUGUUGGUCAGGGUUAUGGAGGCUACACCCAGAAUACUUCAAAAUGGAACCAGAUUUAAAUAAACUGAAAACCACUUUGAAUAUGUUAUCUGGCAGAAAUGUUCUUUUUGUGGAUUUUUAUUAUUAGAUUUAUACAGAACCAUGUGUUUAUGUCAACACCUUAGAUUUAUACACAACCAUGUGUUUAUGUCAACACCUUAGAUUUAUACACAACCAUGUGUUUAUGUCAACACCUUAGAUUUAUACACAACCAUGUGUUUAUGUCAACACCUUAGAUUUAUACAGAACCAUGUGUUUAUGUCAACACAUUAGAUUUAUACAGAACCAUGUGUUUAUGUCAACACAUUAGAUUUAUACAGAACCAUGUGUUUAUGUCAACACAUUAAAUUUAUACAGAACCAUGUGUUUAUGUCAACACAUUAGAUUUAUACAGAACCAUGUGUUUAUGUCAACACAUUAAAUUUAUACAGAACCAUGUGUUUAUGUCAACACAUUAGAUUUAUACAGAACCAUGUGUUUAUGUCAACACAUUAAAUUUACACAGAACCAUGUGUUUAUGUCAACACAUUAAAUUUACACAGAACCAUGUGUAUGUGCCAACACAUUAGAUUUAUACAGAACCAUGUGUUUAUGUCAACACAUUAUAUUUAUAUAGAACCAUGUGUAUGUGCCAACACAUUAGAUUGUUUACAGACACAUGUGUAUACUAUAUGUCAAUAACUUAAAAUCUGUAUGUUUUAUAUUACAAGUGUAACAGAGAGCAAUGGUGCACAGCUAUAUUUAGACAACUUUUUAUUUUCAGUUCAUUGAUCAAAAGUUUGUUGUCCAAAAGACUUAUAGAUUUACAAAUUUUCAAGGGCCUAAAACUUCUUUAGACCUUUAAGUUAUCUACUUGUUCAAUAGUACCUAUUUCAUUGGUCCAUUUUAUUAAAGAUGGAAAUAUCAAGUAGAAAUCAUAUCUGUAACUUAUCAUAUAAAACAAAAUGGUUCUCCCUCAUCUGAAAGAUUGAAAUUUGUUGUGAACAAGUUUCACCGAACUAAUUGUAUGGAUACAAAAACUAUAUUUUUAUUGUUCAAUGAAAAAGUUGUUAUUAACCAAAACUGCAAGUGUCAAAUGUUAGGAUAUAAUCUGUCUCAGCUUAAUUUGAUUUGGUGCAUUUACAGCAAAAACAUGCAUGAGUUAACAAAUUUUCUAGCAUGCAAUCAAUUGUUGAUGUUAUAUGUCUAGGAGUAAAAGUAAACAAUUAUUUAAUUUCUAAGACUGAAAAAAUGUACUUGAUUUCAUGCUAUAUUACAAAUGAAAUCAAUUAAUAUUAAAUUGUACUUGGAAUUUUUUCUAAUUUCAGUAAAAAAUGGAUCAAUAAUUUAUGAUGAUUGCAGAAUACUCUCAUAUUACCUUAAUUUAUUAAGAAAAACAAAAUGAAGAUUCAAAACAAAGAUCAUGUAUGUUUUUGCUGUAAACUAAUAAAAAGAUUACCUUCAGUAUUGGUGUGUUAGUUAGAAAACUUAAUUAUUCAGUUAGUUAUGACAUUUUAUUGUUAUUUUCAAAGAGUUUUAUUGAGGAAAUGGUAAAGUAAAUUUGACCAAAGUCAUGAAAAUAAACAUAGACAAAUUCGCCACAAUGAAAACUUUGUUUUACAAAAAUAAAUUUAUUUUAACAUUUAUGAUGAGUGUAUGAUGAUACAUAUUUAUAGGUUAUCCUGCUUCACAUUACCAGACCAGUUUAAGAAGACCUGGUUGAAAUCAGGUCAAUGAUAUUUGGUCUGUCAUGGCAUUAACAUAAUGGGAGACAUCUAUCUGUGUCCACAUUUUAUUACAUGAUAUUACAUGAAAUAGAUCUGUGAUUUUGUUUGUUAUUAUCAAGUUGUCUGUUUAUAAUACUUAUAUGCAAAUCAAAAUGUGUUUAUUUGGACUGUAAAGUAUUUUUAUUUGUGAAAAACAGAAUUGAAACAAAAUCUUUCAUCCAAGAAAUAUCAAUUUUUGUUAAUAAAUCAAAAAAUGAUAUUAUAGAGCGUUUUUACUUGCUCUACAGAAUCACUUAAAAAAGUUUUCUGCACACUUCCUCGACAGACUUGUUAUUUCAGUAAGAAAAUUUUUAAAGUGUAUUUUUUCCCAGUAAACUGAGAGCGUGUUCGUUUAUAUUUGUGAGAUUUGCUGUAUUUUUUUCAGUAUCAUUAGUUUUAACUUAUAUUGUUUAUUUCUAUCAAGAUUUAUCCAUCUAAUAUAUAUUUCUUAUCUAUAGGCAAUAUUCUGUCAUGUAACCACUACAAUAUAAGACAUAGCAUAAUUCAGUAUGUUCAGAUUGGAUUUUCAUGUUUGAAGAAUUGUUAUUGUUUGGCUAUAACCUGAUGAACAUUAUUUUUUGGAGAAAGACGGCUUGAAGCUGUCAAUCCCCUAUGGGGUUUACCAGAGUGACAUCCCCUCAAGUCAUUUAUUUUUGUCAAGCCUGCAACUUUUGUUGCAGAAAGCUCGACAUAGGGAUAGUGAUCAGGCGGCGGCAGCGGCGGUGUUAGCUCACUUCUUAAAAGCUUUAUAUUUUAGAAGGUGGAAGACCUGGAUGCUUCAUACUUUGUAUAUAGAUGCCUAAUGUUACGAAAUUUUCGUCAGUCACAUGUCCAAUGUCCUUGACCUCAUUUUCAUGGUUCAGUGACCACUUGAAAAAAAAGUUCAGAUUUUUUGUAAUGUUGAAUUCUCUCUUAUUAUAAGUAAUAGGAUAAGUAUAUUUGAUAUGUGCAUACCUUACAAGGUCCUCAUGUCUGUCAGACAGUUUUCACCUGACCUCGACCUCAUUUCAUGGAUCAGUGAACAAGGUUAAGUUUUGGUGGUCAUUAAAGCAUUUUGAGAUCUGAUUGGUAAACAUUUUGAAACCAAUGUCUAGUACCAAUAAAGGGUUGUGAAUUCUGAUUGGUCAAUAUUUUGAAACCAAUAUCUAUUACCAAUAAAGGGUUGUGAGAUCUGAUUGGUCAAUAUUUUGAAACCAAUAUCUAUUACCAAUAAAGGGUUGUGAGAUCUGAUUGGUCAAUAUUUUGAAACCAAUAUCUAUUACCAAUAAAGGGUUGUGAGAUCUGAUUGGUCAAUAUUUUAAAACCAAUAUCUAUUACCAAUAAAGGGUUGUGAGAUCUGAUUGGUCAAUAUUUUAAAACCAAUAUCUAUUACCAAUAAAGGGUUGUGAGAUCUGAUUGGUCAAUAUUUUAAAACCAAUAUCUAUUACCAAUAAAGGGUUGUGAGAUCUGAUUGGUCAAUAUUUUAAAACCAAUAUCUAUUACCAAUAAAAGGGUUGUGAGAUCUGAAUGGUCAAUAUUUUGAAACCAAUAUCUGUAACUUAUUACGUUGUACUUACACUAAAUUAAAAGUUUAACAAUCAUGAUAUUAUUAUUAUUAAUUUGAAACCAAUAUUAUACAAUGUCUUAUUUUUUUGUUUUGUUACAAGAUGUGUUGUGAUUGAACAUUCCUAUAAAUCAAUUGGUUGUGUUUUUUUAUAUGUUUAUUACAGAAAAUGUUGUAAAGUUGUAUCAUAUUUUUUCAUAUAAUUUUACAGUUUGUUGAAGAUUUGUAUCAAAUUGAUCAUAAAAACUUUGUUAUAUAAUAUAUGAGUAAUUAACAGUUGUUUACAGUUGUUGUUAAUAUAGGUACCAGAUUGUCAUUUAGAUUGUUUGUAUUUAUUUCUAUAGUGAAUAUGUAAAAUUUAAUAUUAAUAAUUCUUAUCAUGCCGU